UGGACUCCUCUAUUACAGAAUGGAGUCAUAUUAGACCCAGUGUCUCAGCCCAAAUUACUGGACCCAGUGUCUCCUCUAAUGGUCUACUUUCUCGUCUAAACUCUUGUUCCCUCUUCCCAAUUCAGCAUUUCUUUCACUCUCCACAGCCGACGAUAGCCUCGCAACAUCAAGGUUGGUCACUUUAUGGCAUUGAGAGGAGUUUGGCAACUUAAAAAGCUGAUUGUAAGCUAUUGUGAUUGGGGAGGGAGUAGUAGGGGAAUCAGGACAUUUAUGGAGUCGCAGUUACCAACAUUCAAAGAGAAAAAUCCUCAGCUGGAGGUAGUUACCGAACUCAUCCGUGGACAACAUCCGCAUUUGAAGGGCUUUUACAAGAACAAAAACGAGCGGGUGAUAUGUGUGAAGAAUAUGACUCCAGAAGAUAUCCUUCUUCAUGCAACCAGGCUGAGGAAUGCUUUGGGAAGAAAGGUGGUGAAAUUGAAGACAAGGCAUGUAACCAAACACCCUAGUGUGCAAGGUACAUGGACAACUGAUGUGAAAUUUUGAGACACAAUAGUACUAGUUCAAAAUUGCCAGUAUGCAUCUUUUGUUGUUCUAUUUAGCCAAGGUGGCAGCUUCAUGAACUAUUCGCUCUUUGGAUGUAAAUGAAACUGCUCGGUCAUGCACCAGUCUAAUGAUGUUUGAAUCAUUAAACAUGAAUUGAAAACUGUUUUGAUAACUGUC